CGUAGGGCAUAAUACAUCGACAUCGCCGGCGAAGAAUGGUACGAAACGGAGCUCCAACAAUGGCGACAGUGGAAACAAUCGCCGCCGCGAUAAACCAGAUUGAUUCCAAGAAGGAAAGCUUGAAGAAGGCCUUCGAUGAUCUCCAGGCUUACUCCUCUCUCCUCUCGCCUUCUUUCUCUCUCUCAUGGUCUGAUAUCGACCGCCAUUUUUCCUCCCGCCAGACCUCACUCUCUGACCGUCUUCGUCUCCUCGAAUCGCUCCAGCCACCUCCGGAUCCUACCGAGCGAGUCAAGUCCGCGGCGGAGGGGGAGGCGGAGGGGGAGGCGCAGGGGUCGGUGGCUCGGCCGGAGCUGAGACCGUUAUGCGAUAACAUGGACGGAAAAAGAUUGGUACGGUACGCUAUGGAUCAUCCGGAUGAUCAAGCGGCAAUCAAGCGUGAGUUUUCUUCGGCGAUUCGGUGUGCUAGUGAUCCGGCGGCGAUGGUUCUGGAUACGGUCGAGGGUUUCUUUGCAGAGAGUUCAUGCUCGGACAAAUCCGCCGAUGUAAGAAGGUUUUUGGUUUCGUUGUUGAGUUGUUUGAUGGAAAUCGAUGCGAAUUUGGGUUUUGAUGUGAGGGAUAGAGCUAAGAGGGUGGCUUCUGAUUGGAGAAGAAGGAUUGGUCUCGAUGUUCGCAAGGCUGCGGAAAUGCUAGCGUUUCUGCACUUUGUAGCAGCGUACGAGUUGAGUUCUGAGUUUCAUCCGGACGAGCUUGUUGAUUACUUCUUCCUAAUUUCGAAGUACAAGGAGGCAACUUUCCUGUGUAGGAAGAUUGGCUUAGGCGACAAAGUUGCAGAUAUCAUCAAGGAAAUUCUAGAUAGGGGCAACGUAAUUCAUUCAAUCAAAUUUAUAGUUGAGUUUCACGUGGUCCAAUUCAAUCCAGUCACCAUCUUGAAAUCUUACCUCGAGAAAUCCGGAAAGGCUUCUCAGAAAGUCCUUGAGAAACGACGUAACUCUCUUAAGGCUCAGAUCGAAGCUACUGACAAAGAAAUCGGUGUCUUGAGGGCAGUAAUCAAAGUGAUCAAAGAGCACAAGCUUGAAGCGGAGUUCUCUUUGGAGAACCUCGAGGAACGAGUGAAAGAGCUGGAGAAAGAGAAAGCAUCGAGGAAACGCAAUACAAAUCCCCCAAAGCCUCAGCAGCAACCAAUGCAACAACAGUUUAACCAUAGGCAGCAGCCGCAGCCGCAGAAACCAAUGAAACGACAGUUUAACAAUAUGCAGCAGCAGCAGCAGGGCAAGAGGGGGAAAAAACGUCCUCGAUGCGGACCACCUAACCGCGGUCCACCUAACCGUUACAAUUCAAUGGUCCCACCACAGCCACAGCCACAGCCGCAGCCACAGCUACAGCUGCAGCCGCAGUUCCAUAACCCAGAAGGUGUAUUGCCGGGUCAUCCCGGCUCGUACCAAGUGGACCCUUACAGCGGCUUAGUGAGCUCAAACCACGGGGUCAUCCCCUACGCUGCUGGCUCAUUGCCCGGGGUAUACAGUUCGGUUGCAACAUCGGCAGGUUAUCCUGGCAAUGCAGACCCUGCAAAUCCUCAGCUAUAUCCGACGGAACCGAAUGUGAAUCCGGUUUACUACAGUGAACAAACCGGUUACGGUGGAUACCCUUUGCCAACGCAGCAGUACUACCCGGCUUACUAUCCUCCCCAAUAGCAGUUUCAUGCAGCAACUCAUGAGGUGUGAAUGUGAUGUGAUCUCAUUACUUUGUAAGAUACCACUUCUCUUCAACAUAUAGUCCGUAAACGAAAAAUGGAGUAUGUAAGGAAUGAGAGCGGCGUUAUUGUUCUCUGGCUUGUUAGCAAAUAGGGAAUGCUGCUAUUCCGUCUGUGUUAUGGCUUGUCACCUGCUAAUGUUCACUUUUAAUGCUUCCUUUCUAUUAUGAGUUUGA